GAAAGCCACAGAAAAACAAUGGAGAUAAGGGCCACAAACUAGUCAACUGUCCAAAUAAUGGACACAAAAAACCCAGGUUCAUAGGAAAAAGGCAGUUGAAUCUAUAAAUUUAUAUAGAAAAAUUCUAAAUAUUACCCACAACGCUUUGAAAUAUGAGCUCUCAAAGCGCUUUCUGCCGUUUCCAUGGCCAUUACUCUUCUCCAAGGCCAUCCUUAGUAUGAUUAAACUUUCCCGGAAAGUUUUUUACGUCAAACUCAGACGUAGACUCCUAUGUCGCGUUUCCCUCCUCGGCCGAUGCCUCAUGCGCCUCUGGGAUCGAUUUCUCCUCAUUUCUAGGCCCAAAUCCAUUAAGUAUAAACAGUUGCUGAGAGCAACUACCUUUGCUGCUAAGCCUGUUCCUUCUGCUACCACUCCUGCUUUUCCUCCUCCUCCUCCUCCUCCUCCUCCUCUUCCUCCUCCAGCUCUGCAGUCUUCAGGGGAGGCUGGUUUUGCAAGGUGUCGUGAGCGUGAUAAGGACUCGGAUUUGGUUGCUUUGAAGAUCAGUCUUCUGGGUGAUUGCCAGAUUGGAAAAACAAGUUUUGUGAUUAAGUAUGUAGGAAACGAGAAAGAACAAGGAGACAUUCAGACGUCAGGGAUAAAUUUGAUGGACAAAACUCUUUAUGUUGGAGGUGCAAGGAUUUCUUAUAGUAUCUGGGAAGUAGGAGGUGAUGAAAAAGCUCAUAAUCACAUUCCAAUGGCUUGUAAAGACUCAGUAGCAAUCCUGUACAUGUUUGAUCUUACUAGCAGGUGUACCUUGAAUAGUGUCAUCAGUUGGUAUCACCAAGCAAGGAAAUGGAAUCAGGUACUCACAUUUGAUUCUCUCCUAUGUUUUAGCAGUUCAUUUCGUCUUACAUUUUUCUCUCUUUCUCGGCUUUUCUUGUUGCUACAGAAUGCCAUUCCAGUGCUGAUUGGAACCAAGUUUGACGAUUUCAUCCAACUUCCCAUUGACCUGCAAUGGACAGUUGCAAGUCAGGUAAAUUUUUCCACCUCAAUUCAUAAUUUUAAAGUUGUGAUGACCAUUGAACCUAACGUGGGUGGUUGGGAGUCGGUCAUUACAAAUGGUAUGACAUAGGUCUUUAUUUGCUUGACUUAGGUGGGCCCCUUGCUCUUCUAAACAUAUAGACGCAUUUUAAAGUCAUAAGGAGAAAGAGUUAUUACAUGUACCUUGUUUUUGGCAGGCAAGAGCGUACGCUAAGGCCCUAAAUGCAACGCUCUUCUUCUCGAGCGCAACCUACAACAUAAACGUGAACAAGAUCUUCAAAUUCAUCACAGCAAAACUCUUCAACUUGCCAUGGACUGUGGAGAGAAAUCUGACAGUUGGAGAGCCCAUGAUCGAUUUCUAGAGAGCUGAUAAAUUGUGCUGCAGCAGCAUCUGCAGAAUGUCAAGUUGUACAUUGAAGAGAUCUGCAGUAUCAGAAGAAAAUAGCUAAAUAGUCUUAUUGGAUGUUGGCCAGUAGAUGAUGAAGGGUAUAUGCAUAUGAUCUAUUGACAGUUUCAGUUCAUGGUUUUGUUUGGAGUGCAGUGGAGAGGAAGGAGAGGCGAAUGCGCCCCCAUAUCUCCAUGGAUAUUUAACAUUUGUAGGGAAGUAAAUUGAGUUCAUGAACCGAGAUAAAAGGGUUGAACUUUUCAAA